AUGCCGCCCGCAAAGUGCGACGUCAUCCCCAAGGAGCAGUUCACGCCGUUUGCCGAGAGGCGCGCGUGCGCAGGAUGCCGCAAGAUCAAGUCGCGCUGCAUCUUCCCCGACGACACCGCCUCCAACGCCUGCACACGAUGCAUCCGUCUCAGCAUCGAGUGCGUCGUCCCCUCGCACCAUCGCGGCGUCAAGCUCGAGGGCCACCGUGCCAAGUCCACCUCCGCCACUCCGAUCAGGCCCGCGCCAAAGUCGCACUCGCGCCAGUCCGCCAGCCCCAGCCCCAACGACGACACCGACGGCUCCGCCUCCGCCUCCACCAACCCCUUCUCCGUACAGAGCCUGCUCGACACCACCAGCUCCGAGCGCACCGCCUCCAAGGCGCUCCUCUCGUCCACCUUCCACUCGCACAUCCAGGAGGAGCCGGCGGUCAAGGUCGCCACCGCCUCCACCGCAGGCCGUCCGCUCAUCGAAUCCGUCAUCUCCGCAGGCCUCUUCGACGACGACGAGGUGGCCGAGCUCGUGCGCUUCUACUACGACCGCCUCAACCCCAUCAUCGCGCUGCUCGACUCGCACAUCUACUCGCUCAAGGCGCUCAAGUCGAGCCCCGACUACCGCAUCCUCCUCGCCGCCAUCUGCACCGUCUCGUCCAAGUUCAUCAAGGUCGAACGCUACCUCGACUCGCUCGAGUUCCUCAAACCGGCGCUCUCGCGCAUCGCUGCCGACGACAUCCCGCCGCAGCUCGAGAUCAUCCAGUCGCUCUCCAUCCUCGCCAUGUGGAAGCAUCCCAAGGACGGCAGCAGCUGGCGCAAAGUGCGCCUCGCCAUCACCCAGGCGUUCGAGCUCGGUCUGCACGAGCUCUUCGCGCCGCAGAAGCGUUCCAAGCACGGGCCCUCGCGAUCGUUCAUCCAGUCGCAGCGCACCAUCAUGCAGCUCUCGUGCUUCGAGGACGGCUAUCGCGACCAGCGCCAUCUGCCGCCCGCCAUCGACCCGAGCCUGCUCCCGGACCCGCGCGAGUGGAUCGAGUCGCUCGGCGACAUGGUGCAGGACAUCGACGUGCGCCUCGCCGCCUCGCGCGAAAACGCCAACAUCAAGCGCGACCUCAUCACCUCGCUCAAGCAGUCGAAUGCGCGCAGCCCCAAUCCGGCGCAGAUCAGCCGCGCGACGUGUCUGCGCAACGCCCGCCUCAUCAAGAUGGGCAUCACCGCGCAGACGUGCUCGAGCUCCAUCUGGAUGAACCCGCCGGCGAGCGAGAUCCCCUGCCAGCACUCGGGACGGCCGUGUCUGCUGUUCCACGACACCAACACGUUGUUCAACUAUCAUCGCGCGUUGUAUUCGAUCUACUCAUCGCCGUUGCUGUCCGGCCCCGGGUUUGCGCAGGAUCGGCAGGCGGCGUUUCAAAAGUGCUCCGAGCUGUCGGUGCAGCUUUUCGAGCUGCUCAAUGGACCCUAUGGGCAGGCGGGGUACUAUCGAUAUGUGCACGACAUAGUCAUCCUCAACUUGGCGGUGGCGGCGGUGUGGAUUUGCGACAAUUGGAGGGCCAUGCCGCAGGAGCUGGCGAUCCAGGCGUGUUCGGCGAUUCGACAGGCGGCGGAUGCAACCUCGCCGUCGCUGGAGGAUCCGUUGGAGCAGGGCAGCUACCUCGCGAGGUUCUUGCGAUUUUGCUGCAAGAAGCUGCCGUCGACGAUCUCGAUCAACGAGAACUCGCCCGUGAAUGCCGAGGAUCUGGUGAUUUCCGAGGAUGCAAAGUGGGCGAUGGGGUUGAAUCCUUUCACGCAGCUGUCGAGUGCGGUGGGUGUGCCUGCGCAGUUCCGCACGCCGCAUGCGGGUGCCUCGCCCAAAAACGGUGGCGCAAACACAUCGAGGUAUACGGGUCAGCAUCUGUACCAUAGCAACGCCAGCCAGACCUCCGGUUCGCCCUCGCUGCUCUCUACAUCUUCGCCCCAGAAUGGACAGUAUGGUCCGGCGGCAGGCGAAGCGAACUUUGUCUUUCAGGGGCAUGGAAAUGCGCCAGGGCAGCAUGGGACACCGGCAGCGGGCGGAUCGACAAUGCAGUACCUCUCGGAAAGCCUGGUUCCGCCAGCGUAUCCGAUGAAUUGGGACACCUACGACGACAACUCGAUCAUCACGUUUUUGCAGUCCAUCUCCAACGGCGCUUCGUAG